AUGAACAUCGACAUGGACAUUGACAGGAGGAAGGCUGUUAUCUUUGGCGCCGCAGCUGCUGUUCGCCUGCUCCUUUUUACGGCUUUUCCAGGCCUCCCGGACCUGCUGACGGCACGCGUCGAGAUCUCAACUCCUGUCACCAGCUUUAAGAGAUGCAAGAAGCUAACUGUACCAGUGCAAGAGGGUCUCUUCCUUUAUAACCAUAACGUAUCUCCCUAUGAUGGCGGGGUCUACCACCAAGCGCCUAUACUUCUUCCCUUGUUCUCACUCCUCCCAAGCUCCGCGGCCUAUCCUGUGUUUACAUACUUGCUAUACAUCUUGGUCGAUCUUUUGAGCGCAAACGCUUUAAUGAAUAUUGCUGCAUCUGGUGAAGCUGGUUCUUCUAAACUCUAUACUUCUCCAAGGAAAGAUAAGAAGUGGAGUAGCUAUGCGAUUGCAACAGCCUUCUUAUUCAACCCAUUUACAAUUGCGACGUGUAUUGGUCGGCCGACUAGCGUUUUUACGACUUGCGCCAUACUUCAUGCCGUCUCGAAAGCGGUUGUUGGAGCCUCAUUUACAUCGAUGUUUGCCAUAUCCAUUGCGUCGUACCUAUCGUUGUACCCUCUCCUCCUCUUCCCUCCAUUAGUACUCCUCUGCUACGACCGCAGAGGGCAGAGAAAGGAAAACGAAUCUAUCUCCGCCUUUGUGAUUGGGAACGUUGCGGCAGUCGGUGGUUUCUUAUACUCUCUCUUGCAAAUGUCAUACGUUAUUACCGGGUCUUGGGAAUUCUUAGAAUCCACAUACGGCGUCUCGCUCCUCCUGCCUGAUUUGACCCCAAACGUUGGACUCUGGUGGUACUUUUUCAUCGAGAUGUUUGAUUCGUUCCGCAACUUCUUCCUUGGCGUGUUCUGGAUCCAUCUAUCCUCCUACGUUGGCGGUUUAACGAUUCGACUGCGACGUCAACCAUUAUCUGUUCUCACUAUCCUUCUCGGAAUUUUCGCCAUCUUUAAGCCAUACACAUCCAUAUCAGAUACAUCACUCUUCCUAGCCCUUUUGCCGUUAUAUCGACACAUAUUUCCGCUCAUGAGGUACUCGUUUCUGGCUUCUUCCACAAUACUCUACGCCACAUUGCUGGGCCCAGCUUUCUAUUACCUUUGGAUCUACGCCGGAAGUGGGAACGCAAAUUUCUUCUAUGCUAUCACGCUCGUCUGGAGCUUGGGUUUGAGUAUAUUGGUUGCGGAUUUUCUAUUUGCCGUACUACGGGACGAAUGGGAGGUAUGGACGGUGGUGAGUGAAACAUUUAUUUUGCCGGCAGAAUUUGAUGAACGUUUUGUUCCAUCCCUUACCGACAGCAACAACCUUACGAAGUACAUGUGCCUUGUGUUUGUAAACACAACGGGAUGCAAUUAUGAAUAUAAACUUGCUGCUACCAUGUCAGAACACGACAUUGCCUCAGGUUCAGAAUAUUACGACUCGGGGGAAGCCGAAUCGGAAGCCACUCGUCCAAAUCGCUGGGGCGGCGCGCCCUCAACCUGGCAAUCGAUAACACAGCAAGAACGGGACCUCGCGGGUUCCUUGGACGAGCUACGAAAUAGGGAUUUGAGUGUGCAUUUAUUCAACGCCCAUGGGCUAAACAAGCGCGCUGCGCGCCUUUUAGAAGACAAGGCAAAUGGUGUAAAGAUUGAGGACCCGAUUAACGAGGAUGCGGACGAACCAUUUGUGCCUCCAAAGCUAUGGACAGCUUGGCCCUUGCCGCCGGGUGAGGUGCCGCGGGAUGGAGAAGAUAUUGGAGAGGAAGAUCCUGAUGAUGUUUACACUUUUAAGAGGAGGGAGAGAGAGCGGCCUAGUCGGGAGUUGGAGGAUGUGCUCACAAGUGUUGCGUUGAGGCUUGCCAAGGAGAGAUUCCAGGCCAGGGAGUGGGCAAGUGAAGGUGAGCCCAAUGUUGAUGGCUUUGAAGAUGAUGAGCAACGCACCAAAGGUAGCACGAAGCAAAGGAGUUUGCAAAAUGCUGGCAAUGAGGAUGGAGUCUCGCAUGUAACAAAGAGGCUCCCUAAACAGAAAAGGCCCAAAUCUACACCUCCCGAAGAUGUCCUGAGACCUAUCUUAUCAGCCGACGAUGAGAGAUCCCAAGACCUGUUACGGCCAACAGUCCGGCAUAGUCUUUCGAAGCUAGAUGCCCUGCUAAUCGCCCUACACCAUGCUCGCACAAUCUGUCUUCGGUAUUCUUCACAGUCUGAAGCCGAUACUGAUGGGGAGAUAGCUCCAGUCAGUGCCACAGUCAGUUCAACAGCAGCCCCCAAGAGGCCCCGAGGAAGACCCCGAAAAUUUGAUAAUUUGACCGAUCGAGCGGCGGCAUAUCUACUCCCUCAAAAAGUAGAUAUUGAUGCUGAGAUAUUACGCCAGAGGAAGGGUGGCCGGGGUCGCAAACCAAAGCAAUAUCCGCGUCUUGACGGCGAGACGGAGGAGGAAUAUCACAUUCGAGUUGCUCGACUUCAAAAAAAGCCGCUCCCUCCGUUUACUCCUGCUCGAACAGCUACUCCAGGACCCGAGAAUCCACCGUCUCGUGAAGAAACUCUAAACAAGCCCACUACCCCACGUGGUAAUAGAGUCAGUUCGAAGGUAGCUGCGAUAAAAUAUCAGAGGAAGCUUGGUCUUCGCGAUUGGAGUGAGGUUCUCGGUUCAGCCACUCUUGUUGGUUUUCCGCCGGAUGUUAUAACCCGAGCCACCCAACGUUGUGCCGAUCUAUUCGGUGAAGGAAUGGUUAUAAGAACAAUGGCCGAGACACCUUUCGGACGUAAGAAUGCCGAGAUUUCAACAACCUACCAACCGGAAGAGAUCCCUGAUCUAGGACCGGACAGCGAAAUUGCAGACGAGAUAUCAGAUGCCGCAGCCCAGGGGAUGGAGGACUCCGAUGAGCAGCGGGACAAGGGCCUGAGACUACUUGGCUCAGUCGAACAUUGUUUCUGCCCAGUCAAGAACUGCCGGCGUCGAACGCGAGGGUUUACAAGCGAGAUGCUUCUGAGACUGCACUUGAAAAAACAGCAUCAUAUGACGAAAGAGCAGAUUGCAGAGUUCGAUAUCCCAAGUGACGAGGAGAUGGAUGGUGCUGUUCAUGUUGACCGGUUUCUAAGACCGGAUAAGCGUCAGCUAAGGGGCAAGGACAAGAGAGAGCGUAAGAGGAGGAUGAGGAGUCAGCGGAAGCAGCCAGUUUCCGACGAGGAGGGGAUGGGAAUGAGUCCUGACAUAAAUAGAGAAUCGGACGACGAACAAAGGGGUAGGUCUGGAGGGCAUUAA